GCAGUCUCUGACAGAAAAUGGCUGACCGGGAUUGUGGGGAUGAGUUCCUUUGGCUUCGAGCAAAAUUUUAAGGUUUCCUAUGUUUGAGCAUUUACUGUUGCAUUUAGCAGAGAAGCAUAAUGUUCAAAAAGGCGAAAAGAGCGAACUUUCGAAGGAGAAAUGAGUCUGACGAAGACGAACAGGAGGAGAGUAAGCAGCCGCAGCUGGCGCCGUCACUGUUCGGGCCUAUCGGGGAGGAAAUCCCGUUUAUGGAGUCCUCCACUCACAGCGUUACCGGAGCACCGGGAGGCGCGGAGAACGUUAACAGUAACGGUUUCCUGUCUAAUGUUACUCCUGUGAGAGGUGUGAAGAAAGAAAAGAGAGGAAAAGAAACUGCUAUUGUACCGGUACCUGGACCCAAAAAGGCCAGUUUGCUGAGCUUCGCCGAUGAAGAAGAGGGAUCCGAGGUAUUUAGAGUGAAGAAAUCCAACCACAGCAAGAAAAUAGUCAAGCAGCUGAAAAAAGAAUACAAAGAAGACCUGGAGAAGACUGGAAAUGUCAAACAAGAAAUCAGAUCAGAUGUUUCAUCCCUGCCUGCAGUUUGCAUCAAAGAAGAAGUCACCAGCAGAACAGGUAGUGAACAAGGGGAGGAAGAAAUGGAGGUGGACAGUAAUGAUGAGCAGGAGGAAGAGGCGAGGAGUCAAGGUGGCCAGGCACAAGGCCAAGUGUCGAAGAACAACAGCGCUGCAGCUUCUUUCAAUACUCUUUCUACCCUUGGCAGCCUGAGACCAGGUGAGAUCCCUGAUGCAGCAUUUAUUCACGCUGCCAGAAAGCGCAGACAAAUGGCUAGAGAGCUGGGUGGUGAAGCUCCUCUGGUAGAGGCAGAAGCUCCCAAAAAACGGCUUGUAGGAGAAGAUGAAGAUGCCAGCGAUGACGAGGAAGAGAAGAGGAUUCGCUUCAGUGGAGUCAGGAACAAAAGCCAGAGACAAAAGAUUGCAGAAGAGAUAGGUAUUGAGGGCAGUGAUGACGAGGCCCUUGAUGCAGGUCAGGAUGAGGAGGUGAGCCGCUGGGAGCAGGAGCAGAUUAGGAAAGGAAUCAGCAUACCCCAGGUUCAAAGUAGUCAGCCAGAGGACAACACAGUCUACUACCAGAACAGCUAUGAAACCCAGCCCUAUGGAGCUUCCUACAGCAUGCCGUUCAGCUACAGCACUGUGGUCUCACAGACCUGCAAACAACCGGGCCAAGCAGACAAUGGCUCUGUUCACUACGGGGUCCCUAUUAGUGAUCUGACCCCGGUAUCCAUUGAUCUGGUAAAGAAACGCCUGCAGGAGAGGCUCAGCCAAAUGCAUGCAGGCCACAACGCGAACAACAAGCGCCUCAAACAGAUCGAAGAAGACCUAGCUGCCUCUGAGAGCGCCAUACAGCAGCUGGAGGGCUCGUCCAAUGACAAUGCAGAGCAAUAUAAAUUCUUGCAAGAGAUGCGAGGGUAUGUUGGAGACUUGCUUGAGUGUUUCAGUGAAAAGGUGCCUGCUGUCCUGGAGCUGGAGGCUGCCAUGCACCAGUUACUAAGGCAACGGGCCUCACGACUUGUCCAGAGAAGACAGGAUGAUAUUAAAGAUGAAUCGUCGGAGUUUGCAAGCCUUUCAAAUAAAGCGGUCAUGGCUCCAAGUCUGGAUUCAUUUGGUCGAGACCGGACAGCUUACCAAGAGCACAGUCGCCAGAGGAGGAUAGCAGAAAGAGAGGCACGACGAACUCGGCGACGACAAGCUAGAGAGCAGAAUGGAAAGAGGGCAGAGCAUAAAGAAGGCUUAUCGUCUGAUGAUGAAGAAACCUCUACUGACAUCACGAGCUUCAACAUGGAGAGAGAUCGUAUUGUCAAAGAAAGUAAGAAAGUGUUUGAGGACGUGGUGGAGGACUUUCAUUCUCUAGACUCCAUCAAAUCCCAUUUUGAAGUUUGGAGGAGAGAAUAUGCAGACUGUUACAGAGAUGCUUAUAUCGGCCUUUGUCUGCCCAAACUCUUUAAUCCAUUAGUCCGCCUACAGCUGAUCACAUGGAACCCUCUAGAGGCAAAUUGUGCAAAUUUUGAGUACAUGAUUUGGUUCGAGUCUCUGUUGUUUUACGGCUUUGAGGAGCACAGCACUUUGCAGAGAGGAGAUGCAGAUAUCAGCCUGUUGCCUGCUAUUGUGGAGAAGGUCAUCCUCUCCAAACUGACAGUGUUGGCAGAGCAGGUUUGGGACCCGCUUUCAAGCAGUCAGACGGCCAGUUUUGUGAGCUUCAUUCACAGACUAAUGAAAGGUUACCCCACAGUGUUGCAUGGAGACAACAGAUACACCCAGGAGCUUUUGAAAACGAUUGUCUUGAGGGCCAGACGGACUCUGGAUGAAGAUGUCUUUCUUCCACUUUAUCCAAAGAACGUGUUAGACAACAAAAACAGUGGGCCCUACUUAUUUUACCAGAGACAGUUCUGGUCCUGUGUGAAGCUGCUGGGUAACAUCCUGCAGUGGGAUGGUAUCCUAUCCGGUUCCUGUCUGAGGGAUCUUGCUUUGGACAGCACUCUGAACAGAUACAUCCUCUCUGCCCUGCAGACCACUGAUACCUGUGAGGACAAUGUUCUCAAGUGUCUGAAGGUGGGGGAGUGUUUGCCAGCACACUGGUUCUCUGGGCUUAAGGGCCAGCAGACGUUUCCUCAGCUGGAGCCGUUUUGUCGCUACGUUACUCACCUGGCAAACUCGUUGAACCGCAGCACUUUGAGUGGAUCUGACAUAGAUCGACGCAACACUCGAGACCAAAUCAAAGAGCUCAUGAAGAUGUUGGGUCGCAUGAAUGCACUAGACCACAUCGUUGCCGUGGCAGCAGAGCAGGGCGUCAAAGACAUCAAGCAACUUUUGGAAGCAAAGUCCUAACGGAGGAUAAAGCAAAAGCAGCUUUUUAAUUAUCUUUCGAAGUGAUUGCACAUGUGAAGUCCCAGGAUAACUAAUUAGGAUUCCUGAAAAAAGCUUCACAGAUGCUGAAACAAAAUCUGGGUGUAAAUAUUGUGGAUAAUGUAUAGAAAGGUGUGUUCACACACUCAUCAACACAAGACUGGUGCUGAAAUGAGGCCUUGUAUUGUCAGCUGUAAAAUACCACUCCGUUUUACUGCAUGCUGCAGUGUUUUAAAGCAUAAUUUAUUAAGAGAAAACAACUGUUGACAUGGAUUAUCGACAUCUGUUGGAAAAUAUCUGAUCUCAGUGACACAUACCACCUUCUUAUGUAAAAAAAAAAAAGAAGAAGAAGAAGAAACCACCUUUUAUUUCCCACAUUUUUUUUCUCAUUGGUGUGUGCUUAAAUAACUUUGUAUUUGGUCAAAAUUUCCCUCAGAACUGACAGCCAACUCGUCUCUAAAUGCUCCGUGGUACAUGUCACUGUUAUCGUUCUUUAAAUCCCCAUUUCAUUUGAAAUAUCUUCUCUGCCGCCCAUGGACUCGCCUGAUCAUCGUACCAGAGUUGAGAGCUUUGUGUCCACGUUUGUACAACUCCUGUUUUUGGUAUUUUAUUUUCCUGUGAAUAAAAUAGUAUUUUAAAUGAUA